AUGAAAAGUCUUAUAAGCUUUCUCGCUUUAAUAUGACUUGCCUUAGCAGAUCCUACAAUGACUACGAAAAAUGGAUAUUUAGAUCCUGGCAGAAUUGUGUGGUGGCAAGAUAAGUGGGCUCCUAAUCCAAUUGAGCUCACCCAAACUAACGCUGGGGCUACUUCAGUCAGUGUGGUUCUUCAUUUUAGACCUUUUACCUCUAUAAAUUCUGACAGCAACUCUGGAAUUGUACAAUUGAUUGUUCCUUCAGCUUUCUCAAGUACAGGAACAUAUUCUUCAGACCCAAUGACAAUCACAGGAGGCACUGAUAUGACUGCGACAUUUGAAUUAGACACCUCCUUACCAUACUUUAAAUAUGGCGUCUCAACUUAGGCUUGGCCUCUCGGCCAAGCAGUCUCGAACCCUAUUUAAAGUAUAUCCGGCAAGGUUUUACAACGGAGAAAUGGACAGCUAUGCUAGGCAAGCAUUUCCCGCAGGAGGCAGGAGCCUAGCCCUAGUCCGCUUUCGGAGUUGGCUUUUUCCUCAAGGGUAAAGGAGGGUUGAAGUUGGAAAGGAGGUGCAAUGCCGCUAGUGAGAAACCAGGAGUUUCGUCCUGGGCUUCAACUUUUACUUUACCGAAAGUUCGCCAGAAAAUCCAUUUUUUUGGGUUUUCUGUGUGGACAGCCUUGUACCCCACAGCCUCAAGCAAGGCCGCAGAAUUCCUAAAUCUGCCCACUCAAUACUGGAAUAAGGUUGUAGGUGCAAGGAGGAGACGUUCAACAGAACAGGCUAGCCAUUAAGUUGGAGUCCUGUAGGCGACGUCGCAAAGCGGAGGAACCUUCGGGUCUGGGUGACUGCGUCAAAACUAAUAGCUUAGCAGCUAAUAAUCUCGUAAUUAAGAUUAAGACACCUCCUUACCUUCUGCAGGAGUUUAUGGGCCUUUUCAAGUGCUUACUAGAUCUUCAUCAACUGGGCAAAUUUACGACACAAACUACGUAUUCGGUUGUGUCGCAGUUUCUGCCUCAGUCACAAGUUCUUCUUCUCUGGCAACCGGCGCUGCUACAUUAACUUCAACGACUGGUUUUGUUGGCUCAAAAGAUGCAUUGACCUUUACUUUUAGUAUUCCUUCUGGCACCAAUCUGUGAAAGCAUGAUAUUUUUGAAAUCAUUCCUGACUCCAGUUGGACUGUGACUACAAGCCCUACCUGUGCAUCAGUUGAUAUAACUUCAGUCACCAACUAUAUCAAAGGUCCUGACAAUGAUAAUACUUUACCUUGUGCUAUUGCAGCAACUGGAGGGGCAAAUGGAGGAUUUAGCACUGCAGCCUCUACAGCUAGCCCUGCUAAAAAUAGUAUUUAUAUAUAUGGACUGUCUCAAGAUGUGAUUAUUACUUCAAGCUACCAGAUUAAGCUCCAAGUUUCCUCCUUUACUUUCCCAUCUUCUGCUAUUGCAUCAGCAAGCUAUUCCUGGACACUAAAAAUAUGGAGAUGGGGGACCACUAAUUUACUUGCCCAAUAUACAGGCUCUGGACCAUUUAAACCAGCUACAGGUGCAAUUACAGUGACUUCAUGGGCUCCUUACAAUUCCAAUCUAGCUUCUACAGAUAUCCCAAGCUCUAAUUCUUUUAAUAUUUUCACCAAGCUGACUUUUCAAAUCGCCCAUCCAAUUUCAUCAGGCACUAUUGCUAUCACCUUUACUGGUGCUGAUAUAUAUAGUCAAAACUGGUAUGAAGACAUUGGAUCUGGUACUGGACAGCCAGCAUUAUGCUACUUGAAUACUUAUGUAUCUUAACUUAACCUAGUAUCUGGUAUUUAAGGUGUCUAAUGCCGCACCCCCAUAAAAAAUGGAGUUAUAGCGAAAAUUUGAUGACAUCGCCGGGCCAUCUUGGAAUCGCGAUGGUUAGCCCACCGGCCAAGCCUUCACCUGCACUUCGCUCGUUUUCGCCGCACGUCUCACCCGAAUACUUAUGUAUCAGGAGUCAGUUGCAGUGUAUCAACUACUUCUUCAGUUGCUACUAUUACUAUAAGCGAUACGACCCUAGCAGCUUCUACAUCUAUUUCAAUCACUCUUUUGACUCAACUUACUUCUAGCGCUAAAGUUAGCACAAUAAUAAGCAAUGAUGGGACUGCAAACAUAGAUACAUUGGCCUCUGCAUAUUCAUGGUCUUUCAGCUCUGCCUCUUCUUAUGCAUCCAUGACUGGUUUCAAAUUUUAUGCGACCAAUGUAGCCCAGUAUGGUGGGACUACAACAGUCAGCACAAAUCUGCAAGUAGGAGGUAAACUUGUUAAUUCUCAAUAUUUAUUAUGGUAUGUAGUGCCAUCAACAGCAUGGACAACUGGAGCUACUUUAAAAGUUUAUUUACCUUUCUCAACUGCAGGAGUACAAUUAGCUCAAACCUAUAUUAAAUCGUCAGCAACAUACAAAGAUGCAGCAUUUACUUCUAGCACUAGUGAUACAACUCUUUCUUCGACAGCAACUGGCACUGCAUCACUUAGUUCUGGAUCUCCAGGAACAAUUACAAUUACUUUUUCAGGAGCAACUAUCCCAGCAGCAGGAGGCACCUAUCCAUACUUUGCCUUUGCAUAUGGAGAUUCCGCAGAUAGUACAACUGCCUUACCAUUUGUCAACUCAAAUGCUGGUACUUUUUAUGAGUGCUGGGCAAAAGUGUUUACAUCAAGCACCUCAUCAACUGCAUUUGAAAUCUCCAAUUAUGUUUUCUCCGUUUAUACCUCACAAACAGAUAGUGCAUUAACAGCUGUUCCAAUGUGCACAGACAAAUUUGCAGGAAUUCCUAUUAUUGUUAACUAUCAUGCUUUAGAUAGAGACUUUACGUUUGUGGACUCCACGUAUCAUUACUAUCUUGACGUUGAAUUUACUGGAGGGGUUGGUACUAAUUUAGGCUCUGGCUUAAGUGAUAACAGUGCUUUUCCUGUAACUAUAGCUAUUACCUCUUUAUAGAUAUAUAUACAUUAAAAUGGAGACACGUGUCAGCCUGCCCUCUUGGCAGCAGUCUAGACCUUGUGGCUACGGCGAACUGGGACGGACUCCGAGCCUAGAAUCAAGUUUAGGCUCAAGAGGUGUGGAUCCGGGUAGGUUUUUGGCUGCUUUUCUGUGGUUAGAAAUUGAUGCUCUCAGCAAUAUCCUUUGGAUCCGAUGGCCAAUGGGCAUUUCUGCGCAAGCCACAGGGGAAUAGUCUUUUUCUUGUUGCUAUCUAAGAAAGGCACUUCAACACCUGAUAGACUCCAAGGAGUUGAUCCCUAAAAUCAAGCUACUCAAAUCGCCCGUAGAAGGGCCGCAGAAAUUUAUAAGCCGCCACUCAAGACUGAAGCCUCAAGGCAAGGAGGAGAAGGUACCGGAAGGGCACUCGUAAAGGAUAGACCUCUGAGCUGGAGUCGAAAAGCGGUAGAACCUUCUGUAUGGGAGGUCUUUGGUGACUGCGUCAUCAAUAUGGCUCACGUAUGACUUUUAAUAAUCCUAAUCCUAACCUCUUUAUAGAUUUCCAUUAUGAGCAUAUAGCUACUUCAUUAGACUUUAUCACCAAAUUCAGUUAGAUUUCUUAUUGCUAUAAGAAUUUUUCAAUGCUUAAUUUAAAUAGCUUCAAGACAAUAAAUUCCAACUUUAAAAUAGCUGGUUUUUUAAGUAUUUUGAAAAUAUUGUUUAUGCUAGAUUUGAAUAAUUUAGCUAGCUAAAGGCUCGAUGUUUUUUUCAUUAGCAUUAACUUUUAUUUUAUCAUGCCUGAUUAAUGGUGGUUUCGCAGCAAAUGAAUUUGACUAAUUUUGGAUAUUAAAAAAAGGUGCGCCUUAGCCAUGUGCUCAUAAUGGAAAUCAAUAUUGGUGGGAUGAGCUAUACUACAUCUUCUUCAAUUACUCCAACAGCCACAAUCAAAUCAAACAAAGUGACUAUAUCAGGAUUAGGAACUGUCAGCAGCGAUGGUAAUGUUGUUCUAUUAUUGCCAAAUGGCGAACCAACUGGAACUAUAGCUGUUACUUUGAAAUUUUAUUAUGUCAUACAUACAUUAAUUAAAGUUUUUAAGGUAUCUAACGCUGCAUUCCCACUAAGGGGAUAGAGCCAAAAUGAUAAUGUCACGAUCAUUUCCAAGCCAAAAGGUCGGACCAUCCCAAAUAAACCGCCUACCAUCCUGAUCAGUGCUUUCACCCGUCGCCCUUGCCACACUCAGCUCCUGCGCAUGCUCAGCCUAAGGGUCCCUUCUCGGAUGAGCUGAGAGGUAAAACUCUGUGUCUCUUGGUUGCACUGUAUAGCAGUUCUUUGUUUAUCCUCAGAGUUAAACUACUGUUUUGCUAUGCAGAAAUUCUCAAAAGCAAGGCCAAGUCCAUGAAUAAAUUUCCAUGGGGAGAAAAUUAGUAGAGCUAAUUUCUCUCGAACUGAAUGCCAUUUUAUUUAUAUCAUAUUUUAUUAUGUCCUUAUUGGAGGAGACCCUACUAUAAAAUAUUACUUAUACUCUGGAUCAUCUUCAACUAAUUUAAACAGUGGAGCUGCUGCUGGCUACGGCAGUUCAUCAGUAACAAGCCCUACAUCUUACACUGUAGGAGGCAGUGCAGAUACUACAACUGGGUCUGUCACUGUUAGCACUGCAGCUUCAGCUGCAUCAGGAGAUUGGGUUGGAGUUGGCUUACCUAAAGGCUUUACAUUGUCAUCAUCUGGCUACGGAGUUUCAUUAGGCGGUAUUUCUUCAACAGCUUAUACUGUCUCUUCUUCAAGCAGUACAUUUACUGGAGGAUUUAUAGUAGGAAAGUUAGCAAGCGCAGUUGCUCUUUCAGAUUCUUCAGCAUCAACUUUUACUAUUUCAAAUUUGGUUCCUCCAACAACUACAGGGAAGUCCUCAGAUGAAGCUUCGGUCAGUUUCGUUGUUUUUGCAGCAUCAGCAUCAUCAACUACAACGUGCAAAGCUGCAGGCUCUGUAUCUUCUGCAUCUGUAACGCUUAAUGCUGGCACAAUUACAUCAGACACAUGCUCAAUUGACAAAGCUUACGCUCAAGGCCCAGAUUCGGUAGAUUCCACCCUGACUCUUUCAUUUGUGACUGUUAACACUAUUCCUGGUGGUGGAAAAAUUUCGUUGACUCUAAACUCUGGAGCUUGGACUAUUAGUACUUCAGAUGUAGAAACUACUUGUGAGGGUGUUGGCUUUACAGACUAUUCUGACCUUACUGCUAAAAGCUGUACGAUUUCAAGUUCAGUUAUUACUUUAGAAGGAUUUGCUUCAAUUUCUGCAGGAACUGUUAAUGUAAAAGUUUAUCAUAUAAUUCCUGCUUCAGCGUCGACUGAGACAUUAACUUGUUUUUCAUCAGUCAGUACUUAUGAUUCAAAUGGUUAUCUCAUUGAUAUAAUUGGCUCAUCAAUAGCAAACUCACUCCUCCUUUAAGUUCGAACAAAGUUUAGGUAAAAUUUCCGCUUUUUAGGUACUUUAAUUACCUUUAAAAUUGUAAAAAAAAAAAAUUCAAAGGGAUUUUAUAGGUGAAAUACUAAUUUUCAUAAAAUUAGUUUUGGCCUAAUUUAAUAAAAGAAAUGCAAGUGAAAUAUUUUAAAAAGCUUUAAUUAUGAAUCGAUUUUUUAAAUCAGUUAUUAAUAAAAAUAAUUCUAAAUAUUGUUCAACUUAUAUUUUUUAUUUUUAAAUUUUUUUUAUCGAAAAAUUUCAAAUAAAUUAAAAAAAAUUUAAUCCUUCUUUAUAUUGGAACAAGAUUUUUUGAUUCAAUUUAAAGGGGGAGUCAGUUACUUUGACUGUUUCAACAGAUACUGGGAGCACAAAUAGUGGACUAGUAGCAAAAGCAUAUCCUAACGUAGCUAAUACAAUUGCAGACAUUUAUCUCAGUUUUUCUUUUUCUAAAGCAAUCCCUGCUUAUAGUACAAUACAAAUUAAUCCUGGCUUUGUCAGUUCUUGGACUGUGUCCUCUUCUAAUAUCCAGAAUUCGUGCUGGACUGACCAAUAUACUUAUUCUUGCACUGUGUCUGGCAGUUAUGUAUCCUUAACACUAGCAAAUUCAGUUGCUGCCAGCCAAGCCAUCCAAGUUUACAUUGAGAGUGCUUUGACUUUACCUAGUUCUAAUUCUACAUCAAGCGGAUGGACAAUUUCUACCUCAUGGAAUGGAGUGUCCAUCACUGCUGACUCUACAACAGUCACUACUGCAACUUUCCCAUUCGUUGUUGGUACUGCUGUUGAAAAUGCUAUCACCUUAGCAUCUAUUACCCAAGUUAAUACGACGACUGCAGGCGAAAUUUCUUCAUAUGCUUUUAGCUUUUCUUCAGCCUCAGCAGUAGCUACUACUGAUUCAUUCGUUAUACAGUUUCCGAAAGAAUUUGAUCCACAUGUAGGCGAUGCUAAAUUGGUGUUUAAUGACUGCUUGCCUAAUAAUUUUUACCUAACAUGUGGGUCAACUGCUCUGGGGAUUACUAGCGGAACUCUUUGCUCUGUUGACCAUUGGAAAGUUGUGAUAACAGGAAUUACUAACACCACAAACUUUAAAUUGGAACAAAUAUAGUUAAAUUUCUAUUUUUGGGCAAAUAAAACCUUAAUAGGUAAAAAUAAUAAUUUUUUUAUAGUUUUGAUCUAAUUUAAUUGAGACAAUAAAUUAGAAUGCUGUUUAAGCAGCUGGUACGCUGGAUCAAUUAAUAUUUUAAAUUAAAUUGAUUAAAUGAAAUUAAAAUAAAAAUAUUGUGUUCUUUUUGUGUUUUUUUAAUUUUUAAAAUAAUCCUUAUAUAUACUGGAAAGAUCUUUCUCUUCCAAUUCAAAGAGGGAUAAGACAGUAACUGCAGCCUCAAGUAUAGAUAUUACAAUCGAUAUGGUUCAAAACCCAGUAUCAGUAUCUGGAACAUUCAGCUUUUACCAAUAUGGAUCAGACGGGUCUGUAAAAUCAUACCUACAACAAAGUGGUACUGUUUCAACUACAAGCAAUGUAGCAAACAUCGUAUCACUUAAAAACGUUACUAUUGAUUCCACAGAACUUUCAGAAACAGCAACCUAUACCUUUAACUUCUACGCUGCAGCUACAUACACCCCAGACUAUAUCAUUUCAAUAUUAUUCCCUCAACAAUUCAAUAACAAGCUAAAAAUGGGCAGCUCAGCUACAUGUAAAUCUGUUUACUAUGAUGAGUCUUCCUCAUCUACAAGCACAACUACCAGCACGACUUUCAGCUCUACAUCAACUUGUACUAUUAAUGGAAAUAACGUCACCCUUUCAUUCCCAUCAGGAACAAGCCUAACAACGGCAUCUACCUCAAGAAUCGAAAUUCAACUGUCCUCUUUCUAUAACCCAGAAUGGGGAUUCACAAGGUCUGCUGGAUGGGAUGUGACUGACUAUGAAACUUUUACUGGAACUAUUGAGCCUGACGAGUGGAGCAAUAAAUUCGAUAUUGCCAUCUCCCAAUUCAGCACAGGCAAAACUUAUGCUAAAAGCUAUGGUGUCCUUCACUCAGGAUUUAUUGGAUAUACAUUAAGUACAACUAGUAUCAGUGUUGGCUCUUAUGAUGCAACCAAUGCUUCUGGAGGUAUAAAAUUGCUGCCUGGACAGCAAAGUUCUGAUAUCACUGUUUCUCUUCUUGAUAGCAAUAGUUGGCCAUUGAAAUCGAAAUCACUUAAACUGUCUCCAACUUCAAAUACUAAUUACCCUGACAAUGGAGCCCUUGCAUAUUCCUCACUUCAUUACAGUUACACUGCAUUCCAAAUGACUUCUCAAAUCAAAUUCAGAGUGGCAGCCACCAGCAGUGCAGUAUCUGGGAUUUAUUAUAUUGAUUGGGGAACACCUGUUGAGUCCUUACAAGAUGGAGUUUCAACAGCUUUAUAUAGUGCUCCAUUGAGUAUACUAGUAGAAGUUUGCAGUUCUUUAACAGCUAUAUCUAUCACAGUCGAUUCUUUACCAACCUUCUAUCAAUACUACACCAGUCUUCCAAUCAAAGUGACUCUUGCAAACUCUCCAGCUACUCAGUUGAUCGUUACUCCAGCAUUCUCUGUCACAGGAUUUACAAUCACCCCUACUUCUCUUACAUUUACACCUAAUGUGAAUGAGCUUUACUUCCAAGUUGUCGUCGGGUCAACUUAUGUAGCCUCCACAACUUCUCCUACACUAUCAUUUACCCUUUCAGGGACAGACUCAGCUGCUUUUACAGCCCCAAGUAAGUUGACAGCUACAGUUUCCACGUCAUAUCCUUCAGUUGUUUCAGUCACUCCAGGAUUGACUGGGACUAAAGUGAGCGGAUCAGAGUACAAAAUUGCAGUUACUACAUCAAUAGCUGGAGUUUUGUACUGGGGGCUUGGGUGCCAGGGCUCUGAAGUCCUUACUUUUGCUGGACUUUCAGCCUUGGUUUCAGAUCUGGUUAGCCCAUCAAGCUCUAUUCAAACUCUUCAAGACCAAUUGGAUAGUGAAUAUCUGAGCACUGAAACUGAUAUUAGCAGCACUAAAGGGGAUACUGAUAUUGCUUCUUUCUUCAAAAGAAUUCAUGCUGAGCACUGUGAGAACUAUUGGGCGUCAUCUCAAGUUAUAACGACUUCAGGUGCUACCUUUGACUUUAAUUGGCUUAUGGCAGGGACCAGCUACACUUUUACAGCUUAUAUUGCUACAAGGCUAACAAAUGAUACUACAGUUUACCCUAUCAAGACUUAUAACUUUACCACAGACUCUCUUGGUUCUAUCUAUACCACCUCAGUCACUUUUUCAGGUACCGUUUCAACUAGCUCUAGCAAUAUUGCUAAAGUUUUAGCUAAGAACAUGGGUGUAAAUCCAUCAUGGUUAUCAUAUGUAAGUUCAUCAAGAAGAAGACUAGACGACACUACUACAACUACGACGUAUACUUAUAAUGUUCUUGCUGACAGCAGAUAUCCAGCUUAUACUUCUUCAGCUAUAAUAUCAAAUCUUAAUACCAACCAAGCUCAGGCAACUGCUGACUUCCUCAGUACAUACUCAUUGACUGCUUCAAGUUUAGGGACAUCUGCAGCUGUUUCUACUGGAACAACCCCAUCAUGGUCAACUGCCCCUGCAAAAUCUGCAGUCACUGCAACCUCGGCUACCUUUACUGCAGCUUCUUCACAGGCAGGAACCAUAUAUGUGUCAUGCUCAGAUAAUGAUUUAACAAGCCGCAUUACUUAUGCUUGGCAAGUUGUGGAUGGGCUAGAUGCUACUUCUUCAUCAGUGCCUUCGUCAAGUGUAACGAGCGUUGCUGCGACUAGUGAAACUCUGACUGUAGCUGGAUUGACUGCAGGGACGACUUAUGCUUGCUACUUUACUGCUUGCAAUAGUUAUCCACUGAAUCCUCUUUGUAUUGAUUAUGUAUCAAGCACUUCUACAGCUUUAGCAAGCGUUACAAUUACAACUACAGCUACAAGCGACUCUAGCAAUGCAGCUCUUAUUGAAGCAAGCACGGUGUUGGCGUUCCUCUUAAUUUUAGUUAACUAA